AUUUCUGAGCAGAGCGCGGGAGUUGAGAAGCGGAGGCUGGGGGACUUCGGGGACGGAGCUUACAAGGACCUUCGGCUGCCAGGGGUGUCUCGGAAGAACCAGGCCCAAUUCCCCACGAGCUUUCCCCGCUCCGAGUGCCGCUCUGUCCCCCAGGUAACAGUGUCGGAGAAGAUGACAGAGGAACUGGAUUUCCCGGGACAGGACUCUGACGGAGGUAGUGAGGAGGUGGUCCUCACGCCUGCAGAGCUCAUUGAAAGGCUGGAGCAGGCCUGGAUGAAUGAAAAGUUUGCCCCCGAGCUGCUGGAAAGCAAGUCUGAAAUUGUAGAAUGUGUCAUGGAACAGCUCGAUCACAUGGAAGAAAAUCUCAGGAGAGCCAGGAAGGAGGAUCUGAAGGUUGGGGUCCAUUGGAUGGAGAUGGAGAGGAUCCGCUACGUGCUGAGCAGCUACUUGCGGUGCCGGCUCAUGAAGAUAGAGAAGUUUUUCCCCCAUAUCCUUGAAAAGGAGACAGCGCGCCGCAGGGGAGAGCCUUCAAGCCUGUCUCCGGGAGAGUUUGCCUUCGCCAAAGAGUACAUGGCUAACACAGAGACCUGUCUGAAGAACGCUGCCUUAAAGCACAUGCCUCCUAACCUACAAAAGGUGGACCUCUUGAGGGCAGUUCCCAAACCAGAUCUCAAUUCAUACGUGUUUCUGAGAGUGAAAGAACGGCAGGAAAACAUCCUGGUAGAACCGGAGACAGACGAGCAAAGGGACUAUGUGAUCGACUUGGAGGAAGGCUCUCAGCACUUGAUCCGAUAUAAAACCAUUGCACCUCUGGUUGCUUCUGGAGCAGUACAGCUAAUUUAAAACCAAAAGUAAACAACUGAGGGAAGAUGUGGAACCUUCAGAGAAAGUGUUUAGAUACCCCUCGUAUCGCAAAGCCUCAGGACAAUAAACGUUUCUCGGCAGUGCUGUGGAUCCCUCGGGCCUUGGGGAGGCCUUCCAGGCAGGAUUCUGCUCUCUGCUGUUUUAGCCAGAACCAGCAGUUGGAGCCGUCGCUCUGUUGAUGCUGCGUGCUGAACAAGCCCAGGGACCCCAUUUCCGUGGUAGUUUUUGAGCUGAGCAAAGUGAGGCAAAGGUAGUUCAAAGAAAGGUUUUGCUGCCUCUUCUCAGGGGCCUGCAGUUAGCCCUGGCCUCAGGCUGGCACAAGGGGCCAUUCAACCUUGCUGGCAGGAAGAGUGUAAAUAUAUUAAAGGAAACAAGAUAAAAUAUCUUCUCUGAUUGAUUCUCACUAGGUUGUUUGUGUGAACUAACCUUUUGGAACCUCUAAUAUUGGACUUAAAACCAAUUUCUGUCAUGCUUAACUCAGGACCACAACCAAACCAAUAAACCAUUGUUAAGUUUCAGGUUUGUGGCAGAAGGAGCCUCUGGACAGCUCUCCGUUGUAGCCUAGUAAGUAGGUCCUCCCUGCUGCCCACCUGCAGCCUUCCCUUGCCAAGCCAGCCCCAGGCCAUCUGGCCAUCGUUGGCCAAGGCUCUGUUACCUGAGCAACAUUCGCUGUCCUGUGUGCUGACGUCGGUAGCAGCUUUUCGUCUUUAAGCCCGGCUUUCUCGAGGGAAAUGGAUGAAAUUAAGCUAACAUAAAUGGGGUGCGUUAGGGCUGUGUAUGUACCUAAAGGAAAAAUGGCUAGACCCUGAUAAAAAGCAGCCUGCACUCCAGUCUUUUCUUGUAUGAUGAAAAGAAAACCAAUUUAUAUUUACAUAAGGUAGGCUGUUAGAGUAAUCAAAAUGAAUUUGCUGUCAUUUGCAAGAGAAACCACAAAGUAAAAGCCGGGAAGGUUUUAUUAGUUAAU